AAGAAAGCUACGGAGGAGAGAGCAACACAGAUGCUCCCCACUGAAGAAUGAGCUGGCCAAUCAAAUCAAAGAAGGCGGGGCUUACUGUUCACAGAAGACGAGUGCGAAUUCCAAUGUUUUAACAGUGAAAGAGUGUGUGGCGACUGAGGUGAAGAGCUAUUUUCAGGAACGUGUCGCCAACUUCAACAGCACACCUACUCUGGCCCAGCUUCGCGUGCUGGAAAAGAGGAUUGCAGAGCACUUCAACUUCAAAGACUUCAGUCAGCUGCAGCAAGGAACUUAUCUUGAUUUCAUUGUCAAAAACAAAAAGGUCCUGCAGGAGGCAGCAGGGGGCGCCGUCUCCAUCGACAACCAGGAUCCCAGCGCGAACGGCUUCAGACCUAGCAGACAAGACGUGUUUGAAUUCAUCAAACAGUGCGGGGAGGGAGAUGCCAGCAGACUGCCGUUCAUUGAGGCUGCUCUGAGGAAUCAUUAUGGGAUAAGGGACAGCCGAGAGCUGGGUCACGGUCCCCUCGGGUUUCUUGUGAAUUGCACGCAGCGUCAAAAAGAGCUUAGCGGAGACGCCGUCACCAGCGUUGUGCGCUACGAGUGUCCUCUGAUGCCCGCCAGUUCAUGGGAGUGUGUGGCAGAUACAGUGGGAUUGCUGGGCGAGGUGAGCUGCGAUCAAGCGCGCGCGAGUCUGCUGUCGGCUCCUCUGCUGCAGGAUCUGCAGGAAUGGAGUCAGUGGGAGCUGGUGUUUCAGCCCAACCACGGCCCGCUCAAGGACUUCAUCGACAAGUACUGUGGUAAGACGGAGCUGCUGGCUCUCGAGGUUUCUCCCGGCGUCUUACUGAGAGUCACCGCCGAUACGGGUGACAAGCACUUCUCAGAGGCGGCACAGGCUCUGGAUCCAGUCGGCACCGCCGGUCACCUGGUCUCCAUUGUGGUGGCUGAUGGCAUACCGAACACGCCCACGGCACUCCUGGCCAAUCACAUGGAGAGUGCGCUGAAUGUAGCAGUUGCACAGGAAGAAAUAAGGCUCGGGGAAGAUGGAUACUCGUACGGCGCCGUGGCUCGGUUUGUGCUCGAGUGCAUCACGCAGAUGCCCACAAGAAUUUGCAAGGAACUGCUGCAGCAGGUGUUUUUGGAGCCGCUCUCUAAAGUGCUCGGUCAGGCCAAAUCUAAAACACUUCUGCUGGACGCUGCCCGUUCAAACACACGUUACCUGAACAAACUGCAUCAGAUGGGCCUCCUGCUGGGUAUAACCGAGUGGAGAGGAGACUUCAACAGCAAACUAGUUUCUCCAGUUCGUCCUGAAGCGCCCUCACCAGUCAAGAAGUUUGUGGUGGACGACUCCAUGAGCGACAUGUCUUCAGUGUUGAGUCUGAAUGAGAUGGACAAUGAGGAGGAAACGGCGCUCAGCACUUCCUCCGGCAGCCCCAGAGGAGCCCGUCAGCAGGACAGUGAAGAUGAUGAUGAUGAUGAAGAGGAGCAGAUGUACGAGCUGGUGUCUGAGCACAAUGAAGAGACGGACAGCAGUGAGGAGGAGGAGGAGGAGGAGGACAGAGAAGACUCCACUACUGCUGAUAAACCAGAGGAGGAAGAGGAGGACGAGCUGGAUCAGCACAGAGCCAUCAUUGAGGACAUCAGGAAAACUGAAUUCGGCAUUGGCGUGGAGCUGAACGAGGAGGGUCAGAACUUGAUGAAGAAGCAGCAGGAGAGACUGGGCCGGAGUCUGGAGCGUCUCUCCACUGAGCUCUACAGCAAAGACACACACUUCGUCCUGGAGCUCAUUCAGAACGCCGAUGAUAACAGUUAUCCUGACGGAGGAGAGCAGCCGGCGCUGACCUUUGUGGUGGAGAGAGACUGCAUCACCAUCUUGAACAACGAGUGUGGGUUUGAGGAGAAGAACAUCCGGGCCGUCUGUGACGUCGGCAGGAGCACCAAAGGGAAACACACUUAUGGCUACAUCGGACAAAAGGGCAUUGGCUUUAAAUCGGUUUUUAAAGUCACAGACUGUCCUGAGAUCCACUCCAAUGGCUUCCACAUCCGAUUCGACAAGACCAGCGGCCCCAUGGGAUACAUCCUGCCUCACUGGGUCGAGCGGGAGAGGGCAUUGAGCCCUGCUGCCAAGGAGAUCGCAGAACAAAGAUGGACUACAAGGAUCCACCUUCCCCUGCGGUCAGAGAACUACCAGACUAAAAACCUCUUCCAUGAUGUGCAUCCCUCUCUCCUUCUCUUCCUCCAUCGCCUCCGCUCCAUCACCAUCUUCAAUGAGACCGAGAAGCGUCUAGUGUCGAUGACACGCCGAGAUUUGAGCCAUAACAUCUUGGAAGUGGCACAUACUAAUGGUGGUGAAGAGCGUUGGCUGGUGGUCAAGAGAAUGCUUUACCCGAAAAAGAUUAAAGAAGACGUGGAGUCGACAGAAUUGGCCCUGGCGUUUCAACUCAGUGAUGUGUCUUCCUGUGAAGUGAAGCCUCAGAAACAGCCCGUCUUUGCCUUUCUUCCACUGCGCAGCUUUGGUUUCCGUUUCAUCAUCCAAGGUGAUUUUGACAUCCCUUCCUCCAGAGAGGACGUGGACCGGGACAGUUCCUGGAACCAGUGGCUCCGCUCCGAGAUCCCGCAGCUGUUUGUUCACGCCAUGGAUGUCUUUAGUCAACACCCAGAGUUCAGUGGGCUCGGAGGCCUCUGUUACUUCCUGCAGUUUAUCCCUCAACCAAGUGAGAUCCUGGACUUCUUCAACCCCGUGGCCAAUCAGAUCAUUCAGCUGCUGAAGGGAAAACCGUGCCUCCCCGCGAAAGAGGACGAUGAGGGCAGAGUGGAGUUUAAGCAGCCUUCCCAGCUUGCCGUGUGUCAGGACCGUCUGAUCCAGGACGUGAUUGGAGGAGAGGAUCUGUGUCGAAGCCUGAGUCUGUCGUACCUGCAUCCAGCGCUGCAGUCGCGCCUCUCCAGCUCCCUGCUCACUGCGCUGGGCGUGCAUCGCCUCAGAGCCGCGGAAAUCAUCACCGUCACCUGCUCCAUGGCCAGAGAGCUCGUGCAACACGGCUCACUCAAGUCAGAGCAUGAGCUGAAGAAGCUGGCCAGGCUGCUGGUGUGUAACUUCCGUGCGCUGGAGUCGGAGUAUGAAGUGGACGCCCUGCUUCAGACCCUCAAAGAGGUUCCCAUGAUCCCUCUGGCCAACGGCAGUGUGGUUUCUCUUAUUUCAGAGGGAGUUUUCUUCCCUCUCAGUGAUGUGACACAAGCUAACACAGAUCUGAAGGCUCUGUAUCAGGACCUGAACAUUGUGGAGCCGCAGCUGCUGGUGUGUCUGGAUGAACUGGGAAACUCGCAGGUGCGCGAGCUGCUCCGAAGACUCAACGUCCAUGAACUGGAGCCGCAGCAGGUUCUGCAGCAGCACAUCUACCCGGUGCUGAGGAGCAAAGCCUGGGAGAAAAAGCCAGAGGACGUCGUCGUCAGCUACCUGGUGUUUAUCAAACUGCACUCUCAGGAUCAGGAUUACAGGAGCCUCGGCGCAGACAUACCUGUGCUGACCAGCAAGGGCUUCCUUUACCCCUCGCAGUGCAAAAUACAGUUCUCUAGAGAGUACGAUAACAUCGACCUUCCCAGCAUGCUCCCUGGUGUGGACUGGGUCCUGCUGGACACCUGCUAUCUGAGGGCAGACAGAGACGUGAGCGGCUGGAGAGAGAUCUUCAGUUCACUGGGAGUGCGAGACCUUCUUAUCUUCAAAAAGGAGAAGCGCACCUUUACGGCCUCUAAACUGGCGUCCAGUCCAUGGGCAGUGGAGAGUGAACUGUGGCCUAAGCCUACAGAUGAGCUGUAUGUCAUCGAGGAUCAUCACUGCUCCGAGUUUCAUACGCUGGCCACCGUAGAGCAGCUGGACGCUCACACCAAACUACAGCAGAGACGAGCUCUGAUCAGCCUGCUGGACAAGAACUGGGACGCAGGAGAGAAGUACUCGCAGUAUCUCAGGUCGCAGGUCUUGGACAGCCAGGGUCGAUCCGUGCGAGAGGUCAAAUCCUCCUUCUGUCACCUCCUCACGCAGCUGUCCUGGGUUCCUGCGCACAGGCGAGACGAGACGUGGGACGAGAGCCAUUCCGUAGUUUACCUACAGCCCAAAUCUGUCUACAUCUUUUCUACACAAGUGCACCAGCUUCUCGGCUCCCACGUCGAUUAUGCACACAGCGUACAGACGCCCAGCGAAUUCACCAGAGCUAUAGGAAUGAGACACAGUUUGCAAGUGGAGGACAUGAUUGGCUAUCUGAAGCGCUGGUGCACGAGGGUGUCAGAGGAUCCGUCUGAGGAGUCUGAAGGAGCAGAUUUCACCACUACGGUGGAUCACAUCCGUGAAGUGUACCGCUAUCUGUAUGCCCAGUGCAAUAGUGUCCAGCUCAGAGACCUGUUCCAGCAAUCGCCCGCUGUCUUCAUCGAGUAUGACAGGAAGGAUGAGCGGUGCUCUGGGCGCUUCUAUCAUCUCAAAGAGGUUUGCUGGUGGGAUCCGACGGGCAUGUUUCAGAGAUACAAGGAGUUGGUCCGACGGCCUGACAGCGGGAUACAGGAGCCCAAAGUCUUGGCUCCAUUUUAUAAUGGUUUGCCGGACAUAAUAAGCAUGUUCAAGUCUCUCAAGGUGGAGCACAAUCCCUCUAUGAAGCAGUACGUGUCCCUGCUGGAGGCUGUCUGCGAAUCGUCUUCUCUAGCUACAGGAGAUGUUGUCCAAGACGUCUCGGUCAUCUUUGCCAAACUAGCUGAUAAAUGUAAAAUCCAUGUUCACGGAGAGCAGGAUCAAGACACACAGCUGGACUCCUCCUACUGCAGAUCUCUGAAGGAAAUGGUGUCCCAUAAAAGAGUUUUCCCCACCAAGACUAGCGGUUGGGUCACAUUAGCUCAUAAGCCGAUGAUCGCAGACAACGCAAACUUGGAGAAGAUCUUCAAAUCGCAUAGUUCGGUUUGUCUGCUCAACCUGCCGUCCGCAGCCAAGAGAGCAGCCAGCAAAUCCAAGCAUGAAGGCAAGCUGGAGAAGGAGGCGUUCAGCGAGCAUGACCGAGAGUUGUUCCUGGAGAUCUGCGGGGUGGCGCGACUCUCGCGGUGCGUGACCACCGAACCGCAGACGGAGAGCUACAGGCCUUGCCCCGCCCUGCAGACCCUGGUGCGGCAGCUCGUCCCUUACAUCCAGAGGUUCAUUUUCCACCAUGCCGAUUUUGAAGACAUGUACAGUGAGCUGAAGGACAGUGGGAUUGCCAAACGCAUUAGUUCGCUGAGUUUCGGACAGGUGGGGAAGCUGUAUAUUCAUUAUCGGCUCGAGGUGCCGGACGAGAAGCCGAUUUUUGAGAGCGAGGAUAUUAUAUGUCUCCUGAAAGACCAAAAAGAGCUGUACAUCCACAAAGACCAUCUCUCGGCCAGACUGGACAUCGGCAGAGAGCUGGUGAAGUUGUUCACCGCAGAAAAGACCUUUGCGAAAGAGCUGGAGCGGUUUCUCCAGGGCCUUGUUACGUGCAUUAACGACCGAGCUGCUUUAAAGAGGUUUCUGGACAGGGAGAACGCUCAAGAACUCCCUGCAAAUGAGGAACCAUGGGACGUCCCAGCGCCACAGCCGGUGGAAGUAAAAACAGAAACCAUCGUCCGUCCAUCAGGAGUCGUGCAGGAGGACCAAAUGCAGAUGGAUCAGAAUAAAGAGGACCGGCUGGUUUGCUGGCCGCCUAAAGCCUCGCUGAAUAAAACAGGUGGCAGCAGUUCAGGUUCAAGCAGCCAAGCUUUGGAGGAGGUGAUGAAGAUGUGGCCUCCUCCUGCUCCUCUGGGUCCAGUGACGCUUCCAGCUCAAUCAGGAGUCGAGAGGAGCUCGUCCAGCACCAGUGUCCAUCAGCGAACCGCAGAUCCUCCAGGGCAUGUAGAUGCAAGACCUCAACAUGAACAGGCUCCCAAAGCAAGCAGUGCCGUCCCACGAUCCUCAGAGCGAAGGGAAGAGGCCGCGGUGCAGGAUGUCAGUCCUCAGCAGCCUGUGAAGCCGAACGCUGCUCCGGAUGAACAAGAUGAACCUACAGCGGAUGAAAGCAGCGCAGCGUCUUCAGCAGCAGAUCAACAAAGCCUUAAUUCAACCCAGGCGCCUGAGAAGGUGUUGAGCCAGUUUCAGGGAGCUGAAUGCCGACCACGUCCGCCCAUAACGCUGGAUAAUGCGGUGUGGAGCAAAGCCAUGAGUCCGGAGGACGUCCUGGAGGAUCUUCAGCUGGAUUGCUCCGUGCCUCAAACCCUGGUGCUCCCCAAAGACCAAGAAGACACGGCCUGUAUUGGCCAAUGGGGAGAGCAGCUGGUGUUCUCCUUCCUCACUCACUGGAAAGAGAACGGCGGUAGCUCUGGGCCCAGCGAAAUCACCUGGUUCAACGAGAAAGGGGAGAGCGGCCGCGCGUGCGACUUCAAGCUGACCUUCACCGCAAAUGGAGGCACGCGAGAGAUCUUCGUGGAGGUGAAGACGACUGUCAGGCGAGAUCGACACUUCAUCCACAUGUCUGCGAACGAGCUGGAUUUGGCACUGAAGGAAAAAGAGCGAUAUCACAUAUAUCGAGUGUACGGCGCUGGCGACGUGCAGCACGUCCGUCUCUGUCGCAUCAAGAAUCUCGCCCAGCAUCUGCAUUCGAAGUCUCUGGAGUUGUUUUUAUUUGUGUAGCCGUCUUUAGAAUAACAUGUCUGAUCAAUGUUAAAUGCACAAUUUUGCCCGGUUUGUAUUCAGUUGUUCAUCGAUGACGUGUUUUUAACUACUGUUUGUACUGAUACAUAAUAUUGCACAAUUUUAAUGGCCAGUUCCUUUUAAAGAAUCGUUUCCUCUGUUUAAUUGUUUGGUCGUGUAUUACAAGAACAUAGUUUAUAAACUCUACUUUUAAAAGUGUAACUUCACUGUUUGGAUUGCUACGAUCAAUUCAGUAAAUAAAGAAAAAGUCCUGAAAAAAA